UCGACGUUGUCUUUGUUCCCCUCGUUGAAGGGGGUUUCACGACGAGUCGUCCAAUGUUUCCUCUCUGGGUCGUUCAGCUACUGCCGACAUCGCUUGGAGACCCGACCUCCCGCUGUGAUCAAAAUGAAACCCGAUGAUCGAUUUUGUCGACUUGUGCUGAUAUAGAGAGAGGAGGGAGCCGUUGAGAUUCAAAGGAUGCGCUGCAUGGGCUUCAUUCCUGAAUCAGCUCUGAGUGAGUUCCUCCUUCUGUUAGUCUUGCUCCUCUUUCUACCUUAGCUCGUUUUCCCCUUCUGUGCCGCGACCAUACCCUCUCCGUUAGUCUAAUACAUUGAUAAUUCUGUAACAGUUCCGGUCCUCUUAACUUCGUCAUGCUUGUAAACCAUACAAGACCGCAAACCACAGAUUUCCACUAGUCUGGCAAUUCAAAUCUUGGAAUUGCGAAGUUCACUGGAUGCUUACGGUACAAACAGGAUUGGAAUCGGCCUUUUUUGCUACAAUUCCAUCUUUGCACUACCACCGUAACGCGCUUGAAGCCACUUUGCAUAACACGGAGGAGACUUCGUUAGUUCAAGUUGAUCGUCAAUAUUUCGUUCCUACAGGUCGACAACGCCUGUCCUAACGGCCUUUCGGUUGCAGACGUAGUGGGCGUUUUGAACGAUGCCCAGCUCGAUACCCUCUUGAAAAGCUCCACACA